CCCCGCCUCCCCGCGCGUCGCGCCAGGUGUGACGCAGCGGAAGGGGCGCCGCCGCCAUGAGAGGGUGGGCGGGAGCGCUGCGGGCGGCGGGGGCCAGGUCGGGAUCAGGACCGGGGCUUGGCGGGUUCCGGGAGCGUUUCGAUUUCGGCGGCCGCGAUGUGGCCUCCUGGUUCCCGGGGCACAUGGCGAAAGGCCUGCGGCAGAUGCGGGCCUCCCUGCGGCGCGCCGACUGCCUCAUCGAGGUCCACGACGCUCGCAUCCCGCUGUCGGGCCGUAACCCCAUGCUGCAGGAGGCGCUGGGCAUCCGCCCGCAUAUCCUGGUGCUGAACAAGAUGGACCUGGCUGAUCCCCGCCGGCAGCCGAGAGUCUUGGAGCACCUGAAGCAGCAGGGAUGCUCACACGUUGUAUUCACUGACUGCCAGCGUGAUGGCAACGUCAAGAAGAUUGUUCCCGUGGUUGCCAAGCUGGUGGGCAACAGCCCACGCUAUCACAGGGCUGAGAGCACCGAGUACAGCAUCCUGGUGAUCGGCGUGCCCAAUGUGGGCAAGUCCUCGCUCAUCAAUGCCCUGCGGAGGCUGCACCUCAAAAAGGGGAAAGCCACCGCGGUUGGUGGUGAGCCGGGCAUCACCAAGGCGGUGCUGACCAGAAUCCAGGUCUGCGAGAAGCCCCUGAUGUACCUGGUGGACACACCUGGCGUGCUGCCCCCGAAGCUGGGGGACGUGGAGACGGGCAUGAAGCUAGCACUGUGCGGAGCCAUCCGUGACCACCUGGUAGGGGAGGACAUCAUGGCUGACUACCUCCUGUACGCCCUGAACAAGCAGCAGCAGUUCGGGUAUGUGCAGCGCUACGGGCUGGCUGAGGCCUGCGACAACAUUGAGUCCGUGCUGAGGCGCGUGGCCCUUGCCCAGGGCAGGACACAGAAGGUGAAGGUGCUGACGGGCACGGGGAAUGUCAACGUGACAAUGCUCAACUACCCGGCCGCUGCCUACGAGUUCCUGCGGGAUUUCCGGGCGGGACGCCUGGGCAGGGUGACGCUGGACUGAGACCUGUCCUGUGGGAGAGAGGCACCGCCCGCAGCCGCACAGGUGGGGGUAAAGGCCUGGCUGCUCCCCCGAGAUGCCCCAGUGCCCCACGGGGCUGGGGCCACCUCGGCAUGGAGCUCUGGUGUGUGAUUAAAGCAGCUCCCAGUUUUGGA